CCGCGCCGCUGGCGUCAGGAACCUCCUGUUUCCCGUCAGGCAGCUCGGCGGGGAAGAUGGCGGCGUCCGUGGGUCGGCUGCUGCUGGCGGUGGAGACACCGCUGGGGCGAGGAGCGGGAGGCAGCUGCCAGGUUGUCCAGGGUUUGCAAACGCUGCUGAGUCCUGUUAAGCUGUGUGCUUCUGCCACUCUGAUUUUGGUGCGAACAAAGAAGAGGCAUUAUGUUCCGCCCCAUAAACAGGACGACUCGGUCGAUCCCGAGAAACGAGCGCGAGCUGCAGGCCUGGUGGUUCGGCAGCAGUACAUGGAGAGACCCAUCAACAUAUCCUGUACAGCCGGGAUAUUUGAUCCGUAUGUUCCACCGGAGGGGGACGCCCGCAUGUCCACGCUCACAAAGGCAGGGCUGAAGCAGCGCAUGGAGCAAGUCAAGCAAACUGCCGCCUCCCAGCUUGCAGCCCGGAAGGUGAAAGAACACGACAGUGAAUUCAACACAAAGGAUUUUGCCUCAAAGGCCCAGGACAUUUACAUAAAUGCGCAUCAGUGCCUUGUGAAUUUUGACAAAGUACAGCUUCAUAAAUUGGUAACAGAGCGGUGUUACCCGGACAUGGUGCGUGGCAACAGGUUCAAGACAAUCCGCUGGAAGUUCCUGCACUCCCUGGAAGCACCGAAGCUUGUCCACAUCCGAUGUCCUGACAUGGUCAGCAAGGGGAAUUUAUAUGGCCAGGUCACCAUCCGAUUCCACACGCAGCAGACUUUAGCCAUUUAUGACCGAUUUGGUCGGCUGAUGCAUGGCAACGAGGACUUACCAAAAGACGUCUUGGAGUACGUGGUGUUUGAGAGACACUUAGUCAAUCCCUAUGGAUCAUGGAGAAUGCAUGGAAAGAUUGUACCUGCCUGGGCCCCACCCAAAGAUCCUAUCAUUAAGACCAUUAUGAUUCCUGGACCCAAGCUGCAGCCGUGGGAAGAGUUUGAAGCAAAGAAUAUUGAGAUACCGAAAACUGAACCUGUGCAGUGGAGUAAGUGAGCAGUCCUGCGGGGAGAUACAGACGGAUUGAAAACAUUUCUCCAUUGCUGUUUGUGCUGGGACACAAAUUAAAUUUAUGUGCAACCUGUAUCUACUCUGCAUUAACUGGCCAGUGCCAGACCCUCCGAGACAAAUAAAGGUGCAUGGAGCUGGUACAGUACAGAUCAGAAUCAGAAUAACAAAUUGUCAUUGACGUAUGUCGUGAACCUUGUUUUGGGGCAGCAGUACAAUGCAAAACAUAAAAUAUACUAUGAAUUAUAUUAAGAAAUAUAGAUCAACCAAAAUUAAGUAGUGCAAAAGGAGAGCAAAAAUGUUCAUGGACCAUUCAGAAAUCUGACUCUAAUCCACUUUGGUUUUUCAUCAGAAUUUAUUAUUUAGUCCAAGUCCAAUCCCAGCACAAGUUUAUUUCUCUCGUUAAUUCUCAGAUUCAGAUUUAGUUAUCACGUGCAUACAGUGAGUGCGUCAUUUUUGUGUUAACAGCCAACACACCUAACGAUGUGCUGGGGACAGCCCCCAAGCAUCGCCAGACCAUAAUACUCAGCAAAACAGCACAAGCAGCAACAACCAAAAGAAAACUCAACACAAAACAAGCCACACCCACCCCACCCCACUCACACACACAGACAGUCUUUCUACCCCAAGACAGGACUCCAUUCCUAAGUUGCAGACUCACAGGCAGCGAGCCUCCAGCCUCUGCCAUAGCCUAGACUUGCAGAAAUCAGGUCUUCGACCUGCAGUCCCUGACCUUGACUAGCAGACAUACCAAUCCCUGGUCUAGGCUCGCAAACAUCAGGCAUCCAACCUCCACUCCCAGGCCUAGACUUGCAGAAAUUGGGCCUCUGACCUCCACUCCCUGGCCAAGACGAGCAGAAAUCAGGCCACUGACCUCCAGUUCCUGGCCUAGACUCACAGACGUCAGGCCUUUGACUUCCAGUUCCUGGCCUAGAUUUGCAGAAAUCAUUCCUUCAACUUCCACUCCCUGGGCUAGACUCACAGACAUUAGGCAUCCAACCUCCACUCCCAAGCCUAGACUUGCAGACAUCAGGCCUCCGACCUCCAGUCCCUGGCCUAGACUCACAACAUCGGACCUCUCACCUCCAGAGAAGACGACCCAGAGCCUUUGGGCUUUAGGUCUCUACCUCUGGAGUCCUGAGCAAUCUGCAGGAAAUGGUAUCUCACAGUAACUGGUUUAGAGCUUAAGAUGUACAGACUGGCAUCAUAAAACCUACAGAGAGCACUUCCCUAGCUGGUCUUCAUACCAAGAGAACUGGUGUGUUUGUAGUGACUCAUCGCUGAUGCAUUCAAAUUUUUGUAGGUAGCAGUCUGCAGAUAAUGGCGUUCCUCCAGAGUAGUGAUUUCGUACCUGCUUCCUCCUUUUUCAAUUUCCCAUUCUGGUCCCUUCUUACCCCUUCCCUUCUCACCUGCCUAUAACCUCCCCAGGUGCCCCUCCUUCUUCCCUUUCUCCAUUGGUCUACGCUUCUCUCCAAUCAGAUUCCUCUUCCUUCAGCUCUUUACCUUUUCCACCUUUCACCUCACAGCUUCUCACUUCAUCCCAAUCCCUACCCACCUUCCCCCUUCACCUGGCUUCACGUAUCACCUCACAGUUUAAAUUCCCUGCCCUCCCCCACCUUCUUAUUCUGGCUUCUGCCCUCAUCCUCUCCAGUCCUGAUGUAGGUUCUCAGCCCAAAACAUCAACUGUUUAUUCUUCUACAUAGAUGCUGCCUGACCUGCUGAAUUCACCAGCAUUUUGUGUUUUGAUUCUGGUUUGGUUUUCACUAUAUUCUGUACAGAUGGUGAGUAAUCAGAGAUGAGUUUGUAGUCCGAAGGAACAAAAACGAGGCUGUCGUCAGCUCAACACUAAGGUGUGACGUCAGCCCUAUAACCCAGUCUGUAACAUUCAAUAAAUGAUGUUAAUUACAGUUCUUGGGUUUGUAGUACACAUGGUAUUUAUUUAUUGGGAUAUAGCGCGGAGUAGGCCCUUCUCGCCCUUUGAGUAUCACUGCCCAGCAACCCGCUAUUUAACCCAGCAUAAUCACGGGACAAUUUACAAUGACCAAUUAACCUACCAACUGGUACGUCUUUGGACUGUGGGAGGAAACCAGGGCACCCGGAGGAAACCCACAUGAUCAUAGGGAGGACGUAAAAAUCCUCACAGACAGCAGUGGGAAUUGAAUCUGGGUCACCGGUACUGUAAAGCGUUGUGCUAACGACUGUUAUUUGUCCCAAGACCUCAAUGAAUGGUAUACACUCAUGAGUUUGAACCCAACAAUCUGCCUGGAGUUCACAGCCUUUCUCCAGCAAGGAAAUUCUCAGUCAUUGCAGAGAUCCUGGUAGAUCUCUGAAGAGUGACUUGACCUCAUGACCACCUGAGUCUUGGCUGCCACAUGAGACCACUGGAAGGACAGAACUUCUGACAGGGUAACACGGGUUCACCACUGCAUCAAAGCAGGAAAGUCAGUAUCAGAAUCAGGUUCAUUAUCACUGGCAUAUAGAGUCAUAGAGCACAUCAGCACAGAAACAAGCCCUUCAGCCCAUCUAGUCUCUGCCAAACUAUUAUUCUGCCUUGGCCCAUCAACCUGCACCUGGACUAUAGCCCUCCUUACUCCACCCAUCCGUGUACCUACUAAAUGUUAAAAUCGAAUUCGCAUCCGCCACUUCCACUGGCAGCUGGCUCCACACUUGUGCCACCAUCAGGUUCGCGUUAAAUAUUUCACCUUUUACUCUUAACCCAUGACCUCUAGUUCUAGUCUCGCCCGACCUCAGUGGAAAAAGCCUGCUUGCAUUUACCCUAACUAUAUCCUAUCUGUAUCUACAGGACAUGUCAUGAAAUUUGUUGUUUUGUGGCAGGAGUAUGGCACAAUAGAUAAAAAUGAUUUCAAGUUACAAUAAAUAAGUUAAUAGUGCAAAAAGAGAACGUGUUCA